UUCAGAAUGUGUUACUGAAGACUCUUGUGGUGUUUAUCAUGUACCAAGUGACCAUCCAAUCCCCUGAUGCCACAGUGCUAGAUAUGAGCAGAAGAGGCCAUACAAAACUAACAGAAGGCAUGUUCAAGGAAUAUUCCAAUCUUAAACAUCUCUAUCUGAAUGAUACUGUUAUUACUCAAAUUGAACCAGGUGCUUUCUCUGGUUUAGAAUCAUUGGAAGAAUUAUAUCUUGUGAAUAAUACACUGACAAAAAUAGGAGAUGGCAUAUUCACUAACUUGACAUCACUGACCAGACUUAUCCUAGCCAAUAAUGAACUAAGAACAUUACCAGAUGACAUAUUCAGUAGCUUGACAUCACUGACAGAACUUUACCUUGAUGGUAAUGAAUUAACAAUAUUACCACAUGGUAUAUUCAUUAGCUUGACAUCAUUGACCAUUCUUGGCCUUGGUCAUAAUGACCUAACAACAUUACCAUAUGGCAUAUUCAGUAGCUUGACAUCACUGACAGAACUUUAUCUUGAUGGUAAUAAAUUAACAAUAUUACCACAUUGUAUAUUCAUUAGCUUGACAUCAUUGACCAUUCUUGGCCUUAGUCAUAAUGACCUAACAAUAUUACCAGAUUGGUUAUCUAGAAACUUGACAUCACUGACCAGGCUUGACCUUAAAUAUAAUGAGCACUUAACAUUACCAGAUCCGAUAUUCAACAGCUUGACAUCAUUAAGCAGUCUUGACCUUCGGGGUAAUGAGCUAACAACAUUACCAGUUGGCAUAUUUAGAGGCUUGGCAUCACUGACCAUUCUUGGCCUUGGUGAUAAUGGUCUUAUAUUAUUACCAGAUGGCAUAUUUAGAAACUUGACAUUACUGACCAGGCUUGACCUUAACAAUAAUCGGCUCUUAACAUUACCAGAUGCAAUAUUCAACAGCAUGACAUCAUUAAGCAGUCUUGACCUUAGCAAUAAUGAAUUAACAGUAUUACCAGGUGGCAUGUUUAGAGCCUUGGUAUCACUGAAAAGUCUUGACCUUGCUCAUAAUAAACUAACAACAUUACCAGAUGGCAUAUUCAGUGGCUUGACAUCAUUGACCAUUCAUGGCCUUGGCUAUAACAAACUAACAACAUUACCAGAUGGCAUAUUCAGUGGCUUGACAUCAUUGACCAUUCUUGGCCUUGGCUAUAAUGGUCUUAUAUUAUUACCAGAUGGCAUAUUCAGAAACUUGACAUUACUGACCAGGCUUGACCUUAACAAUAAUCGGCUCUUAACAUUACCAGAUGCAAUAUUCAACAGCAUGACAUCAUUAAGCAGUCUUGACCUUAGCAAUAAUGAAUUAACAGUAUUACCAGGUGGCAUGUUUAGAGCCUUGGUAUCACUGAAAAGUCUUGACCUUGCUCAUAAUAAACUAACAACAUUACCAGAUGGCAUAUUUAGAGGCUUGACAUUACUGACCAGGCUUAACUUUAUGGAAAAUUAUCUUACAAUAUUACCAGAUAGCAUAUUUAGAGGCUUGACAUCACUGACCCAACUAAACCUUGGCUAUACUAAACUUACAAUAUUAAAAGAUGGCACAUUUAGAGGCUUGGCAUCACUGACCGAUCUUGACCUUGACUUUAACAAACUAAAAACAUUACCAGAUGGGGUAUUUAGAGACUUGGCAUCACUGAACAUUCUUACCCUUUGCCAUAAUGAACUAAUAUACCCAGUUAGAAUAUUCAAUAGCUUGACAUCACUGGCCAGACUUUACAUUUGCAAUAAUAAAUUAACAACUUUACCGGAUGGCAUAUUCAGUACCUUGCCAUCACUGACAACACUUGACCUUAGUUAUAACAAACUAUCAACAUUAUCAGAUAGGAUAUUCUGUAACUUGACAUCAUUGACCAGACUUUACCUUGACCAAAAUAAACUUAGAACUUUACCAGAUGGCAUAUUCAGUAGCUUGACACAACUGGCAUUUCUUGACCUUAACUCUAAUAAACUAACAACAUUAGCAGAUGGCACUUUUAGAAAACAGGCAUCACUUAUUAGUCUUGCUCUUUACAAUAAUGAACUAACAAUACUACCAGAUGGCAUAUUCAAUAGCUUGACAUCAUUAGAAAACCUUGACCUUACUCGUAAUAAGCUUACAAUAUUACCAGAUGGUAUAUUCAGUAGCUUGACAUCAUUAGGAAAACUUGACCUUACUCGUAAUAAGCUUACAAUAUUACCAGAUAUCAUAUUCAGUAACCUGACAUCACUGACUACUCUUGAACUUAAGAACAAUGAACUAACAACAUUAUCAGAUGACAUCUUUAGUAGCUUGACAUCAUUAUCCGAUCUUGACCUUUACUCUAAUGACCUAACAAUAUUACCAGAUAACAUAUUUAGAAGCUUAAGAUUAAUGACAAGCCUUAGCCUUCAGUCUAAUAAACUAACAACAUUACCAAAUGGCAUAUUCAGUAACUUGACAUCACUGACUAUACUUGAACUUAAGAACAAUGAACUAACAACAUUAUCAGAUGACAUCUUUAGUAGCUUGACAUCAUUAUCCGAUCUUGACCUUUACUCUAAUGACCUAACAAUAUUACCAGAUAACAUAUUUAGAAGCUUAAGAUUAAUGACAAGCCUUAACCUUCAUUUUAAUAAACUAACAACAUUACCAAAUGGCAUAUUCAGUAACUUGACAUCACUGGUCAGACUUAACCUUCGGAGAAAUGAACUAACAACAUUACCAAAUGGCAUAUUCAGCAGCUUGAAAUCACUGAGAUAUCUUGACUUAUCAAAUAAUAAACUUCAAUCAGUCCCAUCUGAUAUAUGUUUGUGUAUGCCAAUGCUGACAAGGUUAUAUUUACAUGGAAACUACAUAACUAAAAUAAAACCAGAGUACACAGAUAAUGUUACUGCAAUGAGAGCUAUAUAUAGUGACUUCUGUAUAAACGUAAGAUAUUUGGCUAACUCAACAAUAACAGCCACACCUUGCAAGACACAGUCAUCUAUGCAUAUAACAGAACAGCAAUCCACUGAAACAACACAAUCUACUCAAGCAAUACAACCAUGUCCCCAAGCAAUACAACCAUUUACCCAAGCAAUACAGCAAUCUACCCAAGCAAUACAACCAUCUACCCAAGUAAUACAACCAUUCACCCAAGCAAUACAGCAAUCUACCCAAGCGAUACAACCAUCUACCAAAAUAAUACAACCAUCUACCCAAGCAAUACAACAAUCUACCCGAGCAAUACAACCAUCUACCCAAACAAUACAACCAUCUACACUAGCAAUACAACCAUCUUCCCAAGCAAUACAACCAUCUACACUAGCAAUACAACCAUCUACAAAAACAAACAAUUCUUUAGUCAUUGGCUUGGCAGUUGGAAUUCCACUUUCAAUUUUGUUGAUUACUGUUCUAGCUGUAGUAAUAGUAUGUCUUAAAAAACGUAGUGGAUCAUCAUAUGAGGUACAUCUUGAUGAUACACAUACAAAUGUGAUACAUAAUAGUGCUUCAUUAACUGAAAUAUCAUUCAUUAGUAAUAAGACUGAACCAGUUGCUGCAUAUAUGAAUCCAACUUUUGAAAAUUAAACUGGUGACAAUAUACAUCCUGCUUUUAAGCCUCAGUCACAUUUGCUCUCCAGUGGCCAUAGGUUCACAAAAGCAAUAUAGAAGAUCUAUAUCAUACUGUUAUCCUCAUAUCUUAUGCUGCAUAUUUAUCUUGAUUUUGGGAAGUUACAGCUGUCACGGCUGUCAUAUGGUUGCCAUAGAUUAAAUGUGACUGAGGAAUUAAUAAAAGGAAGGAGGAUAAAACUAUAAUGGUUAUGGGUCAUAUUUGCUAUAAACAAGACUAUAUCUGCAUAAUAUCAUCAUAUAAAUAGAAUUUUUUAAACAUAUGGAAAGGAAUAACUGAAAACUUUUCAAAAUUAUUGUAUCUUGUUUCUUCCUGCUAAAGCAUCUGAUGGAGAUGCAUAAAUAAUGAAAAACAAAGAAAUUCAAUAUAUAGAUAUGUGAAAUAAAAAAACAUGAUCAAAAUAAAAUGAAAUUCAAUAUCAAGGUAUGUGAAAUUAGAAAAUAAUCAAAAUAAAAUAUUAACAACAUUAUUAUCAAGACCGAAUGAUAAAGAGAGUGUGUCUGAUAUACUCUUCUAAGGCUUAUAUGUAUACUCAGUAUCAACAUAUUAUUUUCAUAAAACAUCGAACAGUUGUUUUGUUAUAUAAUAUAAAUAUGUAAUUCACUUGAUUGUAUAUGUAUAAAAAUAUAGGUUUAACUAAAUAAUAAUUGCAAAGAUAGAAAAAAUCAUGGCAAAUGUGAACAUUUUUUUCCAUUGAAUAUUU